AUGCCGCCCAAAGGACUCAAAGCUGCUGGAAAGAUCAAGAGGACAGCCAUCGCGGCGUUCGACCCGUCUUCAGUCGGUAUUGGCAGUUCGUCGACCGCGCCGGUUGCAGGAUCGGCUGCAGGCUCCGGAGACGUCUCGACCUCGACGCAGGACGGCGAUGUCCGAACCAUGCCCUUGGACGGCGAUCGACUUUCUGUAUCCGAUCUUUUCGAAUUGAGAUCGUCGGCGGUCGCACUUCUGUCGUCAGGAGACGAGGACAAGAUAGAAGAGGCGAGGGGUCUGCUGCGAGGGAUCCUCCACGGCGUACAAGACCUGCUACCGCUGGUGCCGAAGCAUCACUCGUCGCAGGCUCAAGAAGGACAGAUUGAAGGCAACGGGAAGGGAAAAGCCUCAAACGAAGACCAAGCUGGCGAGGAGGACAGCGAGACGGUCGAAUUAUCGGACGAUCAACUGCGAGCACUCGGUCUAAUCGACAAGGAGCAGAAAACGAUCGCGCUCGAAGCCGAGCCGCAACUCUACUAUCUCCAAGCCUGGUCUCUACAUCACUAUGCACUCGUGCUACCAGCCGCCAAAACAUUCGCAUUCGCUCAAGCAAAACUCCUCUCCGAAGAGACGGGGAAGCGGCGAAAACUCGACCCGAGCGAGUCGAGGGAUCCCGGCGAAUGGCUUGCCCUGGCCAGCCAGAAGUACGAAGAGGCAAUAAGGUGGCAUGCCGAUUCGGGCAACGACUUCAGCCUCUCCCACCUUCUCGUCCUCGCCGAUGGCAACCGCUGUAGUGCCGACCGAACGGCGUUCCUCAUGAGUAAGCAUGAGGAGACGGCAGCGGGCGAGUUGAUGGAAUCGGGCGUGGGGGACUUGCUACCUUUGAUCACUCGCAUCAAAUUCCACGGCCAGCAUACUCAAGAAAUCGAAGUGUUCUUUGAGGAGCGUGGUGAUCUCAUAGCCGUCAUUCUGCGCUCCAUUGCCUCUGUCGUUGCCAGUCAGGAAGAAGUGGCAUCACUGGCACAGCUCGCGCAUUCGGAAAAGGUCUGCUCGGCGCUUGACACCGCCCUCGAGCCUAUCAACAACGGCAAUGGGUCAUGGAUCACGGCCGAGACGGCGCUGCAGUGGAGGUUCGAUCUUGCGAUCAUUCGUGGUGACAUCGCCCUGGCCCAGUUCGGUGUCGAGAUCGAGAUCGUGGAGGACAAGUAUCGUCCCGACGCGACCGAAGACGAUGAAGGGGACGUGGAGCCUUUGCCAGUCGACGCGGAAGAAGUGAAUGAAGCCCAAAGACGAGGCGAGGAAGGUGCGUACAGCUUUCAAGUGUGAUGUAUGCGUCCAGACCGUCCUGUCCGACGCACUGACUUUGCUCCGACGAACCCCGGUGCAGCCAUUGCCAAACUCCGAGGCACGAUCGAGUUGUACUCCGGUCUUCCGGCGAAAAAGCAAAUCGCUACCGUCAAAACGGAACAGUACCGCAAAGUCAGUCCGGCCCUAGUACCUCCCUAUCCAUUCGCUUCGACUGACACCGCGACUUUGACCUUUGGGUAGCUCGAGGAAGCGUACCUCAUGUACUCAGCACUCUUCAAUCCGGAUGAAGAAAACAAGGCUCAAGAGAUCGAGGCCGAGCUCACCAAGAUCAGGGCAGAGGGUGGCCUCGAUCAAACACCAUAG